AUGCCGUGCUAUAGUUUAAGAAAUAUUAUAAAAUAUCCACGAGCCGUAUUGCGAACGAUUCUGGUGGUGGCGAACAAUAUCUACUGUGUGCCGACGUAUUUGGUGUGGAUGUUUUUGCUGCUACCACUCCGGAAGAUCCACGAAACAUAUUACUAUCGUAUCGAGGGCAUACUGUUCCAUUGGCUGCUUGCAAACGUAUCCAUGUGGUCCUGGACGGCAGGUUACGAAGUGGUAGAGAUGGGUGACGAUAUAACGACGGCAUUCGACAAACGCACAUUGGUGCUGGCGAACCAUCAAAGUACCUCGGAUGUACCGCUCCUGAUGGCGGCCUUUAACGCGAAGAAGGGCAUCCUGCCGAAUAUCAUGUGGAUCAUGGAUCGGCUUUUUAAGUAUACCAAUUUCGGUGCUGUGAGUCUUGUCCAUCAGGACUUUUUCAUUGCUUCGGGCAAGAAAAAUCGCGAAAAGUCACUGCAGCAGCUUAAAUCGCACAUACAACAAUGCUACGUACCGAGAAAACGAAAGUGGAUGGUACUAUUCCCCGAGGGUGGUUUCUUGCGCAAAAGAAAGGAAGUUAGUCAGAGAUUUGCUGAGAAAAGCAAUCUACCAGUAUUAAACAAUGUCACCUUGCCGCGCGUAGGUGCCAUGAAGGCGAUUAUGGAUAUGCUCGGCGCACCAAGUGACAUAAACGUUUGCUCUUCCUUUUCCUCCACGAACAACCCGGCACAGGUGGGUAGUGUGGUGGGGCAGGAUGCGGUUAAACAAUCGGACAGCAACAGCAGCACUAUCAUCAGUAGCAAAGCAAUAAACAAGGAAGACGAUGACUGUGAUACCUGUAAGGAUGCGACGUACGCAAUGCUGAACGGGCAAUCGGGAGGCUGCAUAGAAUACGUACUAGACAUUACGAUCGCGUACCCGCAAGGCACUCCACUAGAUUUACCCAACAUCGUGCACGGUAUGCGGGAUCCCUGCCAGACCUUUUUAUUCUACAAACUUUACCAUAGUUCGGAGGUGCCGCGUGAAAGUGAAUCCCUCACCCAGUGGUUGUACAAUCGAUUUUACGAAAAGGAGAAGUUGCUUGAAGAGUUUUAUCGUACCGGCACCUGGCCGGCCAGCUGUACCAUUCCGCCGACGGUCGUGCACCAGGAUCUGCUUCGGUUUUUGCUGAUACAUCUGUUUUUCGUUACCUCUACUUAUGUGCAUCUGCAGCUCAUUUUAAUGUUGAUCAACUACACGAACGUAAUGUACGUGUACAUGUUGAGCUAA